AUGCUGCAACCAGCUGGUUGGCCCCUGCUGGGGUUGAUCGUGAUCAGUUUUGCAUUGGCAGCGUUCGGUCAGACGAUAAUUGGUAGCGAUGAUGUAAGUGCUGAUUUAUCAACAAAUCUUCAAGUGCAGUCACUUCUGCGACAGUUGCGACGUGUCAAGAGAGCACCUCCGAGAAAACCAGACUACGGUGUUCGCGAAUAG